GCACAACGAUCGCCCGCACAAUAAAAACCAAACGUAGUACAUAUUAUAUUUUUCUCUCGAAUACGACUUUUUCUGAGAUCACUUGAAUAAGUGACUCGGGAAAAGGUACUUUAAGUGAACAUAAUUUGAGUAUCUAAAAUUCAUAAAAUGUAUGUGAAGUGAUAACAAAGUGAGUUUAGAAAUUGGAAGAUUGUUGAUACUGGUACAAUGAAGUUCACUAUAGAUGUUUUGGGAAUAUUCUUGAAAGUUGUUAUUAGGAUAAACAAAGUGACGUUCGCACCACUAGUGGUGUCAACAUUAUUCAUACUACUGACGUCAUUAUUAGCUCACUGCGCGCGACGUGUGGUGCAAAAGUUAGUGCAAGAGCCAACCGUCAGAUUACUCCUGGAAGAGGCAAUAGCGGCUGCUGAAUUAUGCGGGUGCUGCUUCGAACUUAUAAUCGUGGCGGACAAUUUCGGCGUGGCAACUUAUGGCAUAUUCCUGUUUCUACUCACUAUCUGGUGGUCCAUGAAUUGGGGUGAAGCAACAGCUUGUCCUUACACGCACAUUGAAGAUGUUAUCGAAGGUAAAGGUGACAUUCGUAAAGCCAUACUGAAGACUUGGGCGGAAUUGGCAGGUGGUCUGCUAGUGUUUAAAUAUGUCCAGAUGUACUGGGCUCUAGAGAUUUCUGAGACGCACAGGGAUAAAGCUUUUGAGGACUGUAAGGCAGAUCUACAGGUGCCAGUGUUAUACGGAGCGGUAAUAGAAGGCAUCGCAACAUGCCUCUGCAGGCUUGCUUCAAAGGCAUUAGGCGAUCUCAAUCCCCGCUUCUCAACUGCGAUUGAUGCAUUCAUUGGUACCUCCUUAGUUGUGGCCGGAGUCCUCACUAGGCACACGGUUUUCGUCUACCGGUAUCAGGACAAUAGUGCCAAUGCGGACUUAAGCGUGUCCAUCUUUUGCAAAGUACAUUUAGGAAAAGCUUUCGAGUAUUCUGGGGGAUAUUUCAACCCAGUUCUCGCAACUUCAUUGAAAGCUGGAUGCGAAGGCCACUCGCUAUUGGAGCACGCAGUCGUUUAUUGGUUAGGUGCAUGCGCUGGAUCCGUUCUCUCAGUUUAUAUGUACAAAUUGCCAAUAGUCAAGAAGUAUAUCCGAGGCACGACAGAAGUCAAUGGUGACAGUAUUUGGGCAGAUAAAGAAGAUUAAUUACCUUCUGUUCACCAUAUUUGGUCGAGUUGUUAUUCCAGUUUCUUUUUUAGUCUUCUUCUGUUGGUCUUCAUUAGAAAGUUACAGUUCGAAAGUAAAUGUUGUUUUACAAAAUACCCUAAGGAGGCUUUAGAAGAACAUUAUCUAAUAUUAAAUUAAAGUGAUACCUUACGCUAGUC